AACAUAACGGUCAAACCUGUCUCAACUCUCCUUAACUUUUCUUAACUGUCAAAUCCUCCGUACACUUUCCGUCCUUUUAAUCUCUCUAUAAAUAUUUGUGUUCUAUAGUUGAUUCUGAAUUAGUUAAGCUUUUACAUCGAGAAAAUUAGUCGAGCAAGAACUGUUUGGAAGAAAACUGAGAAGCAAGUGCAGAGGAUUUUUUGGAUGUCAAGUGGUGGUGAGAGAAAGCCGGUGAAGAUUGUGUUGAUAAACACGCAGUAUGUGGAGACGGAUGAGACGAGUUUCAAGUCGGUGGUGCAGUCAUUGACGGGGAAAGAUUCUCGGGUUGAAGCGGAACCGACAGGGACGACGAUGAGGAGGAAGAGGGAGGAGGAGAUGGUGAUGAAAGGUGGUGUAAAGAGGGUUGAAAUGAGGAGAAAUAAUUCGAUUUUGAUGAGGGAUUUGUCGUUUAAAGAGUUUGAUAGAUUGCUUGAGGAGAUGCCGCCAGUGGAUGAGCUAUAUGGGAUGUGGGCGAAUUGAUACAUUGAUUCAUGUACAUCAUGUAUGGUUGAUUUUUAUACUGUAUUUUUAUUAGAUUAUAUUCGUUUGUUCUCUCUCUCUCUCUCUCUAUAU